UGACAAAUAGUAUUGCUAAAAAUGAUAACAGUUUGUUUUUUUUAGGAACCCUAGGAUUUUGAGGUAAUGGAUCUGCUGUGUGAAUAUGUUUUCUAUGAACUAGAGAAUCAUGCUUCAGGAACCGAGGUGGAAAAACCACGCUCAUGUAACCAUGGUCACACUUUCAGUCCGUUAGUGACUUCGCCAAAGACCUAUCCUACUUCUGAACUGUUGUAAUUUUUGACCUCCUCUCACCAUCAGAAUGCUUUCCACUGUAAUCCACUGGUUUUGUUUGUCGUCCUUUUUGGUGUGUGGUCGCACGCUAUUGCGCAGAACGCAGUCGAGUCACCCCCUCAGGAGAUCCAAAGUUGAGAACGUGACCAAUGUGCAGAUCCUGGUGGUGUCCCUGCUGCUCUUGGUCAUGUCCUUGGUGAGCUGUGUGGGAGCCACAUUCUGGAAUGACAGAUACGGCAGAGCAGACAUCUGGUACAUCGGGAAGAAGGAUUACGACUGCCACAGCUUUGGGUUUGACAUUUUGGCGUUCGUCAUUCUGUACCAUAAUUUCAUCCCCAUCAUUUUGCUGGCCACUCUGGAAAUUGCGAAAUACAUUCAGGCCCUGUUUAUAAACUGGGAUGAAGAUAUGCAUUUUACAGGAAAUAAUGUCUACGCCAUGGCCAGAACAUCCAAUCUCAAUGAAGAGCUCGGGCAGGUGAAAUACUUAUUCUCUGAUAAAACAGGGACCCUUACAUGCAAUAUUAUGACAUUUAAGAAGUGUACCAUUGCUGGUAUAAUUUAUGGAAAUCAUUCAGACAGAAGUGCUGCUGGUGAAGAAAACUUAAGUCAGUCACCUUGUCCCGUCCCAGAGUCCUAUGAAUUCAAUGACCCAACAUUAUUGCAGAACUUUGAGAAUGACCAUCCCACGAAAGACUAUAUAGAGGAAUUUCUUACCCUGUUGUGCGCGUGCCACACUGCGGUUCCAGAGGGAGACGGAAAUGAUAUAAGCUACCAGGCCUCCUCCCCAGAUGAAGCAGCUUUAGUGAAAGGAGCAAGUAAACAUGGCUUUGUUUUCACUACAAGAACGCCAUACUCUGUCACCAUAGAAGCUAUGGGAGAAGAAUUCACAUUUGAAAUUCUUAAUAUCCUGGAAUUUUCUAGUACUGGAAAGAGGAUGUCUGUAAUUGUGCGAACUCCUACAGGACAGCUCCGGCUCUACUGCAAAGGGGCUGAUUCAGUGAUUUAUGAGAGACUUACAGAAGAUUCUCUCUUUGCGGAGGAGACUUUAGCCCAUCUGGAAUGUUUUGCCAAAGAAGAGGUUCCUGCUACUUGGAGCCACAGCCAUUGAAGAUCGCCUUCAAACACGUGUUCCAGAAAUGAUAACAAAUUUACUGAAAGCAAACAUAAGAAUAUGGGUCUUGACAGGAGAUAAACAAGAAACUGCAAUUAACAUAGGGGCCCACAUUUUCAUUUUGCUGAGAAGGAAGCUGGAGAGGAUAUAUUGAAGAUUUGUGGGGAGAGGAAAGAGUAUGAGAUGGCUGUCUGGAGAGUGGGAGGGUGCGUGGACCAGUGGGCAGCUGCUGAAUUAUAUGCACACACACCAUCUCCUAAGGACAACCAUUAAUUCUCAGAGAGGAAAACUGAACCUGUGAGAUGGAGGAGAAAUACUGUCCUAACUUGCUCAACCUGUGAAGAGCUCGCCUCUUAACAACUGAAUCACUACUUCCCAUUAUUUUCCACAGCUGGGUUAGUUCCUUUCAUUUAUCCAAGAGCUUUCACAUCAUGCCCCUUUAACCCUUUGGGAGGAAAAGAAAGUGACCUAUCAUUGAACUGUCUGUUUGUUAGUGGAUGUCUCCUCAGCUUCACACAGCUUAAAAUGACUGCUUUUAUAAAGACUCAACCUUUCUGCAUAUUCCUGUAAACUGUUAUCAGGUCAAAUGCCUCGUAUUCAAAUUGAAUGCAAAUUCAUUAGAGGCAACACAACAAGUGAUUAAUCAAAACUGCCAAGAUCUUGGAGCCUUGUUAGGUAGACAAAAUGACCUGGCCCUAAUCAUUGAUGGUAAAACAUUGAAGUAUGCCCUCCACUUUGAAGUUAAGAAGAGCUUCCUUAAUUUGGCCCUCUCAUGCAGAGCAGUAUUAUGUUGUAGCUUCUGCAGGCGUCACUCACCAGCCGGCACAACUAUGACUCCAACUCCCAAUUAUCCAGGCUUAGGUGAUCCGGUGCCUUGGUUUCUCCAUGUCCUCACGCUUAAGUGUCCCCAUCAGAUGAACAGUAAACAGAAAUGCACGUAAAAGUGAAGUCUGCUGACUGAGCUGUGUGCUGAACUGGUGGAAACAACUGGGUUAUCUCCCCUCCAGAAGGCUGAGAUAGUGGAUAUGGUUAAGGAACAUGUAAAGGCCAUCACCCUGGCCAUCGGGGAUCCAGACAGCCCACGUGGGUGUGGGAAUCAGUGGGAACGAGGGCAUGCAGGCCACCAACAACUCGGAUUAUGCCAUCGCACAGCUACUUAGAGAAGCUUCUGUUGGUUCAUGGAACUUGGAAUUAGUUUCGAGUGACCAAAUGCAUAUUGUAUCGUUUGUACAAGAAUGUUCUGUUAUACAUCACUCAGAUUUUCACAUCACUGCCACCUAUUACUCUGGGAAUCUUUGAACAGUGUUGCAGUCAGGAGAGCCUGCUUAGGUAUCCACAACUCUACACAAUUUCUCAGACAGGUGAUAUUUUCAAUAUAAAGGUGCUUUGGAUUCAAUGUAUAAAUGCUUUGGUCCAUUCCUUCAUUCUCUUCUGGUUGCCCACAAAAAUGCUGGAACAUGGUGGGUACGCAUUUUCUCAAGUAGAACACGCUGUGAUUUCUCAGGAAGAACUAGUCCGUUCUUAUGACACCACCAAAAGCAAACCCCGGAGGACUUUUACUUCUGCCUUUUCCAAGUCCAUCACUGAGUUCAAACUUUAGCAGCAUGCCUGCACAUGUUAACCAAGGGCAAAUAAACUUAUUUCUCAUUCUUCACUCAUUCAACAAGAAACUGUACAGUCUAUGGAUGAUACAAAGGGACCAGCCCUGCUGCAUCUGAAAAUUCUUCCUUGGUGUGGGAGUCCCCGCAGAGUGACCCUGUGCUUCUCAGACUCACCUUUGUGGUACCCACAGAGGCUGGCAGCAUCGUGGGCCAGCCCUGGCUCUCAGUGCUAACCAGAGCCUCGGUGACCUGGCUCGUGCCUGUGGAAGGCCUGGUGAUGCCCACCGCCACCAACACCGCAAAGGAGGCAAGCUGCUGGCACCGAUUCUGUGGACGGCAAACUUUUCCACGUCACCAGAGACUUUCAUCUCUGUCUGAAGGAAAUGGCCAUGACGUCUGGGUUCUUGGAGAAUCCCCAGGACCCAACACAGAACACGAAAGAAAAGCGACCCAGAUCAUCCGGACAGCGGCCAAAUCUGGCAAGUCUGCACCCC